UCCGCAGCCAGGGUGAAGUUUUUCUUUUUUAUUCUUUACAAGUAUAACCAGUCAGUUAUGGAUUUUAGGUAGUGCGGCAACGUUUUUUUUGUUUUUUUAAAUUCCCGCCAGUGUCAUUUGGACAAACGCCCGUUUCUUCAACAAAGAGACCGACUGUUUACGCUCGAAAUGACAAUGUCGACUGCCAUGGACUUCCAUUCUCAGAUAGCCUCCAUCAUGGAGAUGUUAGCUAACUCCGCCGUCGCAGAAAUUUGCAAAGUUGUGGAUGACGGAUACGCCGUGGUCCACCUGGAAAUGUCCCGGAGUCAGAAGGAGAACGAGUUUCUGCGGCGGAAAAUCAAACUGUUGGAGCUGCAGAUCGCCCGGUACCGAGCGGAGAGAGUGAGGGGAACAGAGAGCUCCAUCAGCAGCCGCUUCCCCGGGGUUCGCCUCCUUACCCAGCAGGACAGGGGUACUCUGGCAGGCCCGGCUCUUCAGGGCAGGACCAGGUUUCUAAACAGAGGGCCAGCGGCACAGCACUCUUUGCAGAAGAGCCAGUCCAUCAACCUGGAUCAGGACCCAGAUCAGGAGGUCGUGACCACCACUAAAAUAGAGUCAGCAGAACCUGAGGAGGAGGAGCUACUGAUUGUCAAGGUGGAGGGAGCAUUUGAGAGCAUUACAAACGCUGACCCCGACGACAAGGACUCCAGCGACACCCGGCCAGCCAGACACCACAGCGAAAUGGAGGGCCAAGGAUGUCCGAAAUACACCAGCAGCCCUCAGAGGAAGGAGGAAAAGAUGGAUGAAGUGCAAGGUAGCUCUGCAGAGAAACAUAGUCCUUUUCAAAUGCUGCUGGAGUGGCAGGAGAGCAGUGAGACUGAAGCUAUGGAGCAGCCAUCUUGUUCCACGUUGGCGCCAGAAACCAUAUCAAGAAGGUCGUCAUUGAGCCGAAUAAGGGCAAACCCUGCCUCCAGUAUCACCACUGUUCUCAAAACUGGUCAAACAAGUUCUGCAUCUAUGUUCCACGAAAUUCUCAGCAACUCACUUCCACGUGAAGUGGAGGACAGCUGCAGUGUUGCGAUGUCACCUGUACGAGGCGGCCAUGAGGGAGUUGAAGAAGACUUAACACCCCUCGGAGGUCAGAACAAUGCCAGUGAGAGGUCACAGUGUCAACCACUGCUAUGUAUUCAGAUCAAGGAGCCACACACUGAGGUGAUGUUUGAAGGUAACAGAGCCUACAGUAAUCACAUUUCUAUCUUUAACAACCCCCCUGUUACCAUGGGGACAGUGGACUCCCAACAACAAACGCAUUCAAAAACGCAUUCUUGGUGUGGAGUUCAGCAAACGGAUACCUUCUCUAAUCAAAACCAGCUUUAUCAACAAUCUACCAAUCAGAAUCAAGAGUGUGGGUCAGUGCAGCAGCAGCAGCAGCAGCCCUGCCUCCAGUAUGCUUGCACCUUCUGCUCACGCCGCUAUGCUCAUCAAUGCCAGCUGCGCAUCCAUGAGCGCGUACACACAGGGGAGAAGCCAUACCAGUGUGUCCAGUGUGGGAAGAGCUUCGGCCAGUUCUGCAGCCUUAAGCGCCACCAGAUGGUUCACACAGGGGAGAGACCGUUCCCCUGCCCCCAAUGUGGCAAGCAGUUCUCCACCUCCACCAACCUGAAGGUCCACCAGAGUGUCCACACUGGGGAGAAGAGGUUUCACUGUUCCAAGUGUGGCAAGAACUUUUCCUUUCAUAGCAACCUAAUCAGGCACCAAGCUCUUCACACCAACAAGUAGAGGAUGUUACAAAAUAACCAGCUGGACUCACUUCUAUAUAAUGUAACCCUCUAAGGCUCAUAGACCCCUAAGGAUUUGUUCAGGUGUUCAUAUUGAUGUUGAUUGAUUUUAUACAUUCUGUUUAUUAUUUUUAUUUAUUAUAUUUUUUUGUGUACUUUUUAUUUCCUCAGUGUGAUGCACUUAAUUUGGUGCAUUUCCUUUUUUUGCUGUAACACUUUGAGCAUCAUUUCUUGUAUAAAAAGUACUAUACAA